UCCACAUAAUUCAGUGCUCACGCCAGAUAUUUACACAAAGUUCAAUUCCUCGAGGAGUGUAAAGUGUGAAUUGAUAGGAAAAGAAGCUGGAAAAUCAACAAUUUAUUGAACACAAAAAAGAUGGUCAGCGACAAGAAGAGGAGAUCCCGAUCUAGGGAGAGAGGCGAUCUGAAGGACAAGGAUCGUGAGAGAAUGCGCGAACGUGAGAGACGUCGCUCGCGCUCCAGGGAGAGAGAACGCGUCCGUUCCAGGUCCAGGGAAAGAGAACGUCUUCGUUCCCGGUCCAGGGAGAGAGAUCGCGCAAAGACAGACGUCAAGGGUGAUCGGAAGGAUCGUGAGAAGUCCCCAAAAGAUCGCCUCAGAGACACAAAGCCGUCAACCAGCAAGGGAGAUGUGAAGGCCGAAGUGAAGGCGGAGGAAGUGAAAGAAGAGACGGUUGAGGAAGGGGCACAGAAGAAGGUGGAACCGCUGUCGCUUGAAGAGUUGCUGGAGAAGAAGAAGGCCGAGGAGGCGGCACGGAGUCGGCCAGUGUUCAUCUCGAAGGAGCAACGCGCUGCUGAGGCGCUGAAGCGUCGCCAAGAGCAAGUGGCUGCGCAGAGGGCGGCUUUGGCGAGUGUGCCGCGCUUCGGGGAUGUUCCUGUGUCCACCUUGCUGGCCAAGGAGCGUCCGCAGCAGAGCGAGAGAGAUCUUGACAAGCGUCCGGAGCGGAAUGAGAGGGGCGAAUUCUCUAGAAACGACAGAAACGACAGAAAUGAGAGGAACGAUAGAAACGAGAGGAUGGACAGGAAUGAGAGGAUGAUGGAUAGGAAUGAGAGAAUGGACAGGAAUGAGAGGAUGGACAGGGGCGAGAGGAUGGACAGGAACGACAGGAAUGACAGAGGAGAUCGCAAUGAUAGAAAUGAUCGUCGUGGCGACCGUGGAGAGAAGGCAUCUGACCGCGAUCGCGAUGGGGAUCGCAAGAAAGCCACCUCAAACGAGGACAUGGCGCCGAAGGACAAGGAGAAGGAGCUGGAAGCCAUUCGGGAGAGAUAUCUGGGCAUUAUUAAGAAGAAGCGUCGCGUUCGUCGACUCAAUGACAGGAAGUUCGUGUUCGAUUGGGACGCUUCUGAGGACACUUCAGUGGAUUACAAUGCGCUAUACAAGGAGAGGCAUCAUGUGCAGUUCUUCGGACGAGGGAAUAUUGCUGGGAUUGACAUUAAGGAGCAGAAGCGCAAGCAGAGCAAGUUCUAUGGCGAUUUGCUGGAGAAGCGUCGCACAGAAGCGGAGAAGGAACAGGAGAAGGUGCGCUUGAAGAAGGUGAAGCGCAAGGAGGACAAGCAAAAAUGGGACGAUCGACACUGGUCGGAGAAGGAGCAGGAUGAGAUGACGGAGAGAGAUUGGCGAAUCUUCCGCGAGGACUACAACAUCACCAUCAAGGGUGGGAAGAUUCCGAAUCCGUUCAGGAGCUGGAAGGAGAGUGGCUUCCCGAAGGAAGUGCUGGAGAUUGUGGACAAAGUGGGCUACAAGGAGCCGACGCCCAUUCAGCGACAAGCCAUCCCAAUUGGGCUACAGAAUAGGGACAUUAUUGGCGUGGCGGAGACAGGAUCUGGCAAAACGCUGGCCUUCCUCAUCCCCUUGUUGGCGUGGAUUCAGAGUCUGCCGAAGAUUGACCGCCUUGAGGACGCAGAUCAGGGACCGUAUGCCAUCAUCUUGGCGCCCACGCGUGAGUUGGCGCAGCAGAUUGAGGAGGAGACCGUGAAAUUCGGCACUCCGCUGGGCAUUCGCACGGUAGUGGUGGUGGGCGGUCUGUCCAGGGAGGAGCAAGGCUUCCGCCUUCGUCUGGGCUGUGAGAUUGUCAUAGCCACUCCUGGCCGAUUGAUCGACGUGCUGGAGAAUCGCUAUCUUGUGCUCAAUCAGUGCACUUACAUCGUCCUGGACGAGGCAGAUCGCAUGAUUGACAUGGGCUUCGAGCCUGACGUGCAGAAGAUCCUGGAGUUCAUGCCGGUGUCGAAUCUCAAGCCGGACACGGAGGAUGCGGAAGAUGCGCAGAAACUGAUGGCGAACUUCUACUCGAAGAAGAAAUAUCGCCAGACAGUGAUGUUCACGGCCACAAUGCCGCCGGCUGUGGAGCGACUCGCGCGCUCGUAUCUCAGGCGUCCGGCGACAGUGUACAUCGGCUCUAUUGGCAAGCCCACGGAGAGAACGGAGCAGAUUGUGUACAUGAUGGGUGAGAAUGACAAGCGCAAGAAGCUGAUGGAGAUCCUGUCGCGUGGCAUCGAGCCGCCGGUGAUCAUCUUCGUGAACCAGAAGAAGGGCGCCGAUGUGCUGGCGAAGGGCCUGGAGAAGUUGGGCUACAACACGUGCACGCUGCACGGCGGAAAGGGUCAGGAGCAGCGAGAGUACGCUCUGGCGUCCCUCAAGAACGGCAGCAAGGACAUCCUGGUGGCCACGGAUGUGGCUGGGCGUGGUAUUGACAUCAAGGACGUGUCGCUGGUCAUCAAUUACGACAUGGCCAAGUCCAUUGAGGACUACACACAUCGUAUCGGACGAACUGGGCGUGCCGGAAAGAACGGCGUGGCCAUCAGCUUCCUCACCAAGGACGACAGCUCGCUGUUCUACGACCUGAAGCAGUGCAUCAUGUCCAGUCCGGUGUCGGCGUGUCCGCCAGAGCUGAUGAAUCAUCCCGAGGCGCAACACAAGCCGGGCACAGUUGUGACCAAGAAGCGACGCGAGGAGAAGAUCUUCGCCUGAGUUCAGAGCAUCAGUGUCUGAUAUCUCAAUAGAAUAUCUCUGUAUCUCCCAUUGAGCGGCGAAAGAAUGGCUUUGUUUUGCUCGUCACACUUUAACGGAGCGUGUAAAAAUCAAUCGUGGCCCGAGGAUCAAUUGUUGACUGAUAAUUUCAGGGAACCCCACGAGUGUCUCCUGAGGUGGUCGCUCAAGUGGAGAGAAUGCCGUCAAUGGUCUCCCGUCUUCAUCACUUUAUUCUCUCUGUUGUUCACAAAAUAUCUUCAUUUAAUGCUAAUUUGAUUUUCAUUAUUGCCGUAUUCACUACGGCCUAUCAUAGCCGCUCUUCUUGCCUCGUUCUUUAGAGGUGGUGAAGAAAAUUGGAAGUGAAUCAAGUUUGGUAAAAUAUUUGAUGAUACUGAAAGUGAUCUUUGUUUGCUGUUUUCUUAGAGUUUUUCCUCAAUAAAUUGCUUAAAGGCUUAAAACAA